UUAUUAGUGUUAUUAUUUUAAUUUAAUUCUUUUUUAUUUAUUUAUUUAUUUAUUUUGUUUAUAGUAAGACGGGGUUGUGCCAAAGCAGAAAAUUUUGAAGAACCCUAUUUCUCGCUUUUGAGCUCUGAAAGUUCACCAAAUCGUUAUGAAAGGAACGAAACGUUUAGCCGUAUCGGAAUCCAGACCUGCUGCCGGUGCCACCAAUGAUUCAGUCUUCCGGAAUAAAAGAAUAAUAGUAGGAUGUCCAUUUGAUGCUCAUAAGACGGACACAUCUAAACAGCAAUCAAUGGCCACACCUCCUUUGAAUUUAGAACGAGCUGAGUCAUCUCGGCAGCAUGUGAGAGCUCUCAACACCCAAUUCGCAAGUUGGGUGCAAGCACAAUUGAAGAACCAUCCUGAUGAACUAUGGGAAGAUGGUGCCCGCGACUACUUAGCUCAUGCUUCAAGCAUCAUGGAGAAAUUCACUGAUGUUGUUAGCUGGCUUAAAGCGAAUGCUGCAAAAGGAGAAUGUUCACCUGCAGAAUCGCAAACCGCUAUAAAGUUUAAUAUGUCAGAAACCAAGGAUGCUGCAAAUAAGUUCAUUCAGGCACAAACAGGGAUUCCUCCAAUUGGAACUACAACAAGCUUUGGGACUUCAUGGAGUUCUGGGACAUUUUUCAAUAAUCAGAAUUCGAUGGGAGCAGUGUCCAACAGUCAAAGCUCUGGUUUGUUGCCAAAUAGUCAAAGUUCUGGUUUGUUGUCAAGUAGUCAAAGCUCUGGAGGGUUCUCCAACAGUCAAGGAUCGGGGGUUUUCUCUAGCAGUCAAAGCUUUGGAAAUUUCUCCACCAGCCAAAGCUUAGGAGUAAGCUCAGGAAUAUCCUUCAACAACCAAAGCUCGGGACUAUCCUUCAAUAGCCAAAGCUCUGGAUUGUCCUUUAAUAGCCAAAGCUCGGGAUCGCCCUUCAAUAGCCAAAGCUUGGGAGUAUCAUCCAAUAGCCAAAGCUCAGGAGUAUCAUCCAAGGGCCAAAGCUCUGUAUUAUUUUCCAACAGCCAAAGCCCUGCGCUAUAUUCUAACAAUCAAAGUUCUGGCCUAUUUUCCAACAAUCAAAGUUCUGGUCUAUUUUCCAACAGUCAAAGCCCUGGGUUAUUCUCGAACAGUCAAACCCCUGGAUUAUUCUCUAGCAGUACGAGUCCUGGGUUGUUCUCAAGUAGUCAAAGCCCGCUCUCGUUUGGAAAUCAAAGUUCAGUUCCCACAACUCAUGGUGCUUCAAAUGAUGAUGACGGUGAAAAUGAAGAGGCACCUAGCAGUCCAUCUGUUAAGAAAUCUGAAGAACAGGGUGUUGUUGUAGUCCAUGAAGUCAAGUGCAAACUUUAUGUGAAGUCAAAUGAUCCUGCUGACAAAGAUCAUUGGAAAGAAAAAGGCCCAGGGCAGCUGUCUAUCAAGUGCAAAGAGGGUGUUAGCAAGGGCACAAAAGAAUCCAAACCAACCAUUAUAGUUCGCAAUGAUAUAGGAAGAUUGCUGCUGAAUGCCUUGAUAUACCCGGGCAUCAAGACAAAUUCACAAAAGAAUUCCAUUGUCGCAAUAUUUCAUACUGCAGGAGACGAUAAUGCAAAUGAUAGCAGUGAGGUUGUGGCGCGUACCUUUCUGAUUAGAUUGAAAACUGAGGAUGAUCGUAAUAAACUCGCGACAGCAAUCCAAGAUUAUGCCCCCUCAUCGUAAGAGUAGCUAAUAAGCAACAUCAUAUUUUGUUUAUUGCACCACCUUCAGCUUCAACAAUGUACCAAUAGGUAGCAUGGAUUUUGCACUGUUAGUAUGUUUAUUAAAUUUUUUCAGAGAGGCUUCUUGUUGGCUGCUCUUUCUAGUGACCCUCAGAAAGCAAAGGGUGUCUUCUUGAUAAAAAAAAAUAUUGUAUUGCUCAAGAGAGAAGCUCUGCUAAUUUUGUACCAUAAGAGAACCAUGUUAGUGAUACUUUGCAAGCUUAUAAUGUUGUACUCAAGGCCGGUUUAGUGUUUACCUUUCAAUUAACUUGUGUCGUUUUGAGGCAUGUAUACCUCUUUUUUCUACUUAUUCUUAUUCAGUCACUAUAGUUAAACCA